UUUUUUCAGGGAGUCUUCUUACAUCUCUUCCUUCAAAAUGAAGCUACUAAUGAUAAUUUUUGUCUCCGUUUUUGUUUGCCAGGUAUGUGGUAAAAAGGGACACAAGAAACAAGAUCCCCCGUACAAGGGAAACGUGACGCUGUUUCUAAGGUCCCACGACAUGGUGUACACCUUCAAAGUCCGUGGGAGAACAAUCAAGCUGCAGCGACCCAUCCUAAAUCUGAAGGAAAAAUACGAAAAUGAAAGAAAAAAGAGUGGAAAAGGAAAAAGUAUACGAUCAAUUAUGAGUGACGAAGAGCUGAAUGAAUUAAGAAAACUAAUCCAAGCUCCCCAUGCAAUUAGUCGGCGGGAUUUCGAUGUGAUUUAUCCAGGAACAAAAUGGUGCGGCGCCGGAGAUGACGCAGCCACUUACGAUGAUUUGGGUACGGCAGAGGAAGUUGAUAUGUGUUGUCGUGAGCAUGACCACUGCGACAUGUUUAUAGAAGCGGGUCAAAGCAAAUACGGUUUGACAAAUAAUGGAGACUUUACAAGGGUAUCUUGUGACUGUGAACAAACAUUCUAUGACUGCCUGUCUAAUGCACAGGAGGAUUCCUUUGAUGCGGCCAUGAUUGGAUUCAUAUACUUCGAUGUUCUCGAUCCGGACUGUAUCAGAAAGAGAAGAAUCUGUACAGGAUAUUCAUGGUGGGGUACUUGCAAUAGCUGGAUAGAAGUUGCAGAUGAAUAUGAAUUUGGUCCCAAUGAACUAGAUUACAUUUGGUAGAACACUAGAAUGAUCUGUCCUCUCCUUAAGUUUUCCAUGCUUGUAACAAUAGAUUCGAUAGAAGUUGAUUUUUUCAAUUAAGAUGUAGAUUGUCUGAAAAAAUUUUCAUAUGUUAAAGGUGAGCCCAGAGAUUUAAAAGUCACAAAUAAGUUGCAUCAAAUAUAAUCAGAAUAAAAUCUAAAAAUCAAAUUUCGUGGUUUUUUUUUUUAAUUUUUCGUGGCUCUUUGUGUAUAAGUUAGGAAGUUGAUACUGUUACUCAUAGAACUAGAUUUGAGGGACUAAAGUGUACUUUGUUAAAGGUAAUGCUACUGACAUAUACCCAAUAUCAUGAUGGUUUUGUUGAUACAAAACUAAACUUGUUGAUACUCAGAUUCUUUUGUUAACGUGUAGAGAUUUAUUGUAUUUAUAGAGUCAUUAAGUAUUGUUUUAAUAAGACAACUAAUAAUAUAAACACGGAAAUACUUAAGUGUGCACUGUAUUUUUGUAUUAGACUGUGCCAUGAUAUACGCACUGCCUGGUUUUAUUGUUAUGCAUGUAACUAGCAGCUUUUUUGUCUUUUUAUUCUAUGUUUUUAACCUCUGGAUUUGUAGUAAAUGGGAGAAAGUAUGUUGCCUACAUCGAUUUAAAAACUAUCUUUAUUCUUUAUAAGUUCCAUUUGUAAAUACUUUUGUCGUAUGAAAAUAUUUCAUAUUUGGGAUUCCGUCUACGAUUUACUUGAAACAUUUAUUAUAAGAUAAAUCAACAACUACAUUUAUUAUUUUCAUUUUAGUUGAACUUAUAGAAUUAGUAAACUUUACUCUAUGGGUACCAGGAGAUACGAUAAAGCUGUUUAAAGGCGUUCAUUUUGAUGAAAUCAUUCUGCUUAUUCAUGCUGUCGGAUCUGAAUGAUGUGAUUUUGUGCAUCUAGAACUUUUAUUUGCUUUUCCUCUCGGUGUCCCUUCACCGAGGAACAUGGUCAAUAACUACUACUGUCAUAUAUUUCUAUUUGUGACUACUGAGAUUAAAGUGUUUCCCAACAGGCUCUUUGAUUUCUGUCUUAAUAGUGAAACAAAGGUUAUUGAUUUUUCUGAGGACAUCACCUGAGUAUGUUUUUGAGCCAGCCUUACUACGUUUACUGAUGCGAUGCAGUUGACUGGGCAAGAAAACUGUUUGUCCAUUAUCUUUAGGUACGACUAUGGGGCUAAUAAGACUGUCCAUUUUAGUGACGUUUUUUCUACAAAGGCAAC